AUGGACAGAGCUCUGAAGGCAAGUGAAACGUUGGGGACACAGAGGAGACUCCUGAUGGUUCUGGUGACCCUGCUGGUUCUUGUCUUCAUUUUCCUGAUAAUCCUGACCUGCCUCAUGUUUAUAUACUAUUCCCGUAUAUCAGAGGCUAUUAAAAGUCUAAGACAGGACACCUUAGAGACAAUACAAAAAGAGAUACGUCAGUGUGAUUCUGGCUGGAAAUCCUUUGAUGGAAGCUGUUAUUAUAUUGUUACCACUGAGGAGAAUUGGACAGAGGCCCGGGCCUUUUGUAAAUCAAUGAACAGCAACCUGGUUAUUAUCAACAGUGAGAGGGAACAGAAAUUCCUUGAAAAUAUUACAGACGACUCCUACUUUUGGAUUGGCCUCAAAAGGGAUAAUGAUGAUAUAAAUGGGUGGAGAUGGGUGGAUGGAACACUCCAUAAUUUAUCAGAAGGAUUCUGGUACGAGGGCGAGCCAAAUAACGAAGCUGGAACAGAAGACUGUGGUCACCUGUGGAUUGAAAAAAAGUGGAAUGAUGUUUAUUGCACCGAUCAGUAUAAAGCAAUCUGUGAGAGAAAACUGACAUGUUGUGGUUAGUUUUGGAGCCAUGAAUACCAGUUUUAUGAGCAGCUUAUUACAAUACAAGUCCAGAAAAAAACAAAAAAAAACUAAAAUCUUCUAAAAAAAAUGACAGAGACCAUAUACCCAUCCAAAUGAGGAGUAUAUAGCUCCACUUCUUGACAAAUGCAAUGUAUAUACUGCUAUAAUAUCUGGGGUGGGGCUGAACAAUAUUGCAAUGAACAAUACUGCCCUCCCUCUGGUUAUAAUGCCUUCUGAUUAACUGCAAAGUACGGUCCUCAAAAUGUCUGCCUUCAGUCAGCUGAUGUGUAAGCACAACCAUGUGCCUUCCCCAAAGAAUCACUUGCCUACAGCAUUGGGAUCUGUAUCUGCUUUUCAAUAAAUUGCUGCAAUGAAA